UUGUACACACCCCCUUCGCACGCCUUUCUCUCGCCGGAACCGGGGAAUUAUGUCGUUUGUUCACAAAUUUGGUCUCUCAAGGAGAGACUUGAAACCAUACAUUGCCGAGUUUCUCGGCACAGCCCUCCUGAUCGUGAUCGGAGAUGGUGUGGUCGCCCAGUGUCUCCUGUCCGAUUAUCAAUAUGGCACCUGGCUAUCGAUCAACAUCGCUUGGGCCGCAGCCGUCUGUAUUUCCGGUUACCUUUCCGAUCCCAGUCCGACCAUCAAUCCUGCUGUCACCAUCUGUCUGGCCCUUGUUCGUCCCACGCCCGGUCAAUGGAAAAAGCUGCCGGGUAAAAUCUUCGCCCAGGUCCUAGGGGGCUUUGUCGGUGCCGCCUUGGUUUACAUCAAUUAUCGUUCCGCCAUUGAAGCUUGGGAUCCUGAGUAUACUAUCCCUGGAGGAUCGAUCCUGAGUCCCACUGGUCACCACUCUGCCGGUAUCUUCUCGACUUAUCCGGCCGCCCAUUAUUCCUCGAACUGGGAGGCUGCAUUCUCGGAAUGGAUCGGUGCUGCGGUCCUGAUGUUCGGGUCCCUGAGUAUCUCGGAUCCCGCGAAUGGCGUUCGGUUCCAGUCCCAGCAGGUUUCUGUGUUCUUGCUCAUGACCGCCAUCGGUGCCGCCUUGGGCUGGCAGACUGGCUACGCUAUCAACCCCGCUAGGGAUUUGGGUCCCAGACUUUUCUCUGCCAUCGUGUAUGGAAGAGAGGUUUUCAGCUCAGCCAACUACUACUUCGUGGUGCCGAUCUUCGCCCCGAUUGUUGGCUGCAUCGUGGGAGCCACUGUUUACGACUCCGUUCUUUACGAGGGCGACGGUUCUCGCGUCACGGAUGCUCUCGACAAGGCUGAGCACCGUGACGGAACCCUUCGCUUGGACUAAACCUACUCUAUCGGUGCGAGUGAUGAGCGACCGUCUGAUUGACCGCCAGAUCUGAACCCAAUCGCAUUGAAAGUCUCCAUUACUAAAUGCGUCCAUUGGCAUCCAUUAUUGACAGCCAAGAGAUGCUUAUAAAUACGAAGAACAACUCUUGCGUCUUGCUAACACAGACAUGAUAUAUCUCCUCUGCUUUUUGACCAUGUUUUGCACGGCAAGCGAGAAUGAACUAAGCGAUGUCCUAUGUUGUGAUUUUCCUCUGCUUCUUAACUAUAGAUAGUCUCAUAUAUUCGAUCUUUAUUGUGGCAAAUACCAAUGAAGGUAACCUGAUCUAUCGCCUUACUGUUUGAGAAACGUUAUCUUUCUCUUCUUCAUUAACGGGUCACUGCUGCCCAUCAUUGGUGCCUUCGCCAAAUGCUAUGUUGUGACACUGCACUCACAAGUCUAAAUGCAAUGUUAGACGUUCAAGAAUCCAAAAACAUGCCUGGGG